CGCUAAACAAUUAAUGUUAUACAAUAAAAAUAAUAUAAUCAGUCUUAUUCUGAACGCUGUUUUGACAUCUUUAAUAAACUGGUUCCAAGAACUGCAAUCACAAAAAAAAAUAUUACAACUUUGUGAAGAGGCGGUGAUCAUCAAUUGAUAUGGAAAGAAUGCAAAAAUACGAAGAAAUACCUCAUCCAGAUAAUCGAAAUGAAGAUGCAGUUGCUGGUUCAUCAACAUCAAGUGUGGAAUCAUCACCAAAAAUCUUUAAUAUGAACGUCGACUGUUUCGAUGAAAUAUUUGAAUACUUGGAAAUGACAGACUUGCAUUCAUUUGGCCAAACAUGCAAGCGUAUGAACAAAGUGGCCGGCGAAUAUUUCAAACAAAAUUAUCCAUUUUCUGUCAUGAAUUAUUCAUUUUGCGAACCGUUCGGAAUACCAGGCUUCAAUCAGUUCAGGCCAAAAAUUUCAAUUAUUAGAUAUGAAAUGCCUUAUGUUCAAUUUCAUAUCAGUGAAUUUAAGUUGACUAAUAACAUUGAGUUUUGGUACUUUAAUAUAAAUAACGAAACGAUCGAAUUUUUCAAAAGUUUGUUGCCCCAACUGGAAACUGUGCAUAUCGAAGAAUGCACAAUCGAUGGUGAUUUAUAUGAAUUAAUGUUGAAAUAUGGAGAGAAUUUAAAGAGAGUUUAUGCUAAUGGUAAUAAACGUGCUAACUACAGAGGUCACAGACACGACUGGUUAUUAAAUAAAUAUCCCAAGCUUGAACAUUUGGAAUUAAUCACUGCUGAUAUUAACCAAUCAUAUCGAAUUAAUGAAUUGAGUAAGUUUUUCGUACUUAAUCCAAACAUUCAGAGAUUUUCAACUACCUCACUUGUAUUAUGGGACAACAAAGAUUUUUUUUUGAAUUACAAUGCGAAAUUGGAUAUACUGGAGGUCAAAGGAGUGCGUUUGAGACCAGGAAUGUUGAUUGAUCUUUUUAAUUUGUUAAAUCGACUCUAUGAACAAGGUUUUUUUAAACGACUUUAUUUUUACACCAAUAACAUUUCCAAGUAUCCCAUUGAUCUUAGUGACUUAUUGCCUUCAGUCAAAGGUCUCGAAUUGUUAUGCAUUCGAUCGUUUGAUAUGAGUGAUAAUUUGCCACAAUUGACUAAUUUGAAAGAGCUUAUUAUUUUGAAUUUAUCGAAUGCCACGGAUUUUGUGAUCCUAGCAAAUGGUCUUGAGGAACUUGAACGUCUUUACAUAACAAGCGCAAGCAUUGAUCACAUUGUUCCAUUCAUACGCCGAUCAAAAAAAUUAAAUAAGAUAAAACUGUUACACUUAAAAGAAGGUGGAGUUUUGAAUUUAAGAAUGUUGAAUGAUGAACGAGCCAAGUUGGCUGGAGCACGAAAAAUAAUCAUUUAUACCAGUGACGAUAUCUUUGUGGCCACUAAAUGGGCGACAAGAAAUGGUGAUACUAAUUUGAGUUUACUUGAAAUGAGACGAUCGUAUUCGUACGAAUGGAGACAUCAUUACGAAAGACGUAUUUAACUUUGAACUCGGUUUUUUUAGAAUGAGACAUUAGUAUUGAAAACUUGUUAUCUGAAAAUGUCAAAUUAUACGAAUCAAGAUUGCUUUUAUCAUGAACUAUACAAAAAACU